ACGCGAAAUGUCCUAACCCUGAUAGGCUGAUAAUAAGAUCAACCCAACGCUCACAGCUUUCCCCUUUCGGGCUGUUGCCUUCCUCGUUGCUUCCACGAGAAAGCGACAGCCUCGUAUACCAAUUUGCAUAUCUGCAUCAAGCUUGCGGAUCAAGAUUCUCCUCUCUCUCUCUCUCUAGCCAGAGUGGAACAGGUUGCCGCCGCAUCACCUCUGGGAACAGAGCCGAGCAGCUGCACUGUCGCGUCGAGAAAUAAUCGGAGCAUAAGAAAACUGCUUCAGCCAUGGAGGUCACGGCGACGCCAAGAAUCCAAGAAGCCAAGACCGUGCCCGGCACUGCGAAGGCAACCGUGGACGACGAGGUGACGCUCCGUCGGUUCGAGCUGACCGACGUGGACGCCAUGAUGGAGUGGGCGUCGGACCCUCAGGUGGCGGCCUUCUGCCGGUGGGAGCCGUACGCGUCGGCGGAGCCGCUGCUGGAGUUCCUGCGCGACGCCGUGCUCCCGCACCCGUGGUACCGCGCCAUCUGCGUCUCCGGCGCGGUGGUGGGCGCGGUGUCUCUGGCGCCCACGCCGGAGCGCUGCCGCUGGGAGCUCGGCUACGUGCUGGCCCGCGCGCACUGGGGGAAAGGCGUGGCGACGGCGGCCGUGCGGCGCGCGCUGCGGGACGCGUUCGCGGACCUGGAGCCCGAGGGCCUGCGGCGCGUGGAGGCGCUGGUGGACGUGGGCAACCCGGCGUCGCAGCGCGUGGCGGAGAAGGCCGGGUUCCGCCGCGAGGGCGUGCUGCGGCGCCACUACUGGCACAAGGGGCGCGCCAGGGACAUGGUCAUGUACAGCUUCCUCUCCUCCGACCUCCUCCCCGACCCCGAGUGAGAACGAUCCCCAUGGCGGGUGGAUUCCCCAUGCAGUUAACGUUCGUUUACCUGUAUGACGAAACGCUGGCCUGCAAUGCCUUUGCCAUGCUCUGCAAGCAAAGCUUCGGUAGCAAACAGAACUCCCCUUCCAGUAGCGGCUUCUCUUUCCAAUGAUCCUCCAAGGUCCUGUGUAUUCAGAAGGAAAUUCACAGUACAUGAAAGAUAAUGAGAAGAUCUACAAGGAGCACAAACAAAUCAAACCUGUCCAAGAAAACCAAGGGUACGUUUUUCUAUCAUGAUUCCCCAUGGAACAAAACAACAAAAUGUAUUGCCGCCAGGUGAGGUUUGGUUUCCGAUUUUUUCCAAUCCUGAGAAGCAAGUGUUUGAGGCUGAUCUCUUUCAGUGAUCUGGUCAUGAAUUCAUGAUUCACAGUCCCAAAGAGUUGGGUGCGUGCGUGCAAUUGACAAAUCCCCGUCACCAACGGGCAAUCGGCCGGACUCCAACAUCCGCACCGACUACACAACUGUUUGAUUGAUUUUGAAUUUACUGCAUACAUAUUUCAGCUUCUCACAUGGAGAAGAUUUAUAAUUUACAGCAUACAAAUUUCAAAGCAGCCCAUGGACAGCGAGGAGUGGAAAUCAGAGGCAUGCUCGCGUCUAACGCUGGUUUCGGUUAAAGACACGGGUGAAAAUCGAAAACUUGUCGAUGAAUUGCAUUCCUGCAUGCUUGAGCUACUGGCGUGCAGAGAGGUCCAAGUUUUCAUGAUCAAAAUCCGCAAGCACAACUGCAUGUUCCAUACUGCCUUUCCUGUAGUCAGACGCGAGGAUGUUUCAUACAGCUUUGCCCAUAGUGUAAAUCAAUCAAUACUAUAGGUUAUGGCGUUGCAA